AUGCAGUCGGGAGCAUCUCGCUUUCACCCCAGCUCCUAUGCGGCGCUGGUGGCUGCUCCAGGAAGUAAUCCGCGUCCCAAGUCGGAAUACGGCCUGGCCGUCGAGGCGAGACAGCGGCGUUCUCGCCAUUCCACGCCGUUGCACAAUGGUACAUUCUUUUCCUCGUCGCUGCGGUCCUCUACACCACGCACGGCAAAAACACCAGGCCAGAGGACUUCCCCGCGGCGUCCGGGUGAUCCUCAUGCGUUGAACAGGUCGCCGCUAUUCGUGCACUCUGUCGCUGCGCCGGCAACGCAGAGCUCCUCUCCGGGGGAUGCGCAUCUGUCGACUUCGCAGUUCCCUCCGGCGCGUCAGAAGGACAGCACAACAAGGGAAGCGUCGCGCCCGGUAAAUACCAGCACAGCGUGGCCGAAUGAGGCGCUGAAUGAUUCUGCUGUGGCGUUGCUGAGCGAGCUGCAGCACGUGGUGACGCAGAUCAGCCGCCAGAUUGUUGACGAGAGACGGCACGCAGGGCAUCUGCAAGACCAAAUUUGCUCGCUUGAAGAAGUGGUCACGGAGCAGGAUGCGAUGCUGGAUCAGCUGAACCGAGAAAACGAAUCGAUGCAGCAGGAGAAGGCCCACAUAAUGCGUUUGUACCAGCAGAAGCUGCGACGCAAUGUCGAGGAGCAACGAGGGGGUGUCCCCAAGCACCACGAAGUCAUUCAUCUGCGCUCUCAACCUACGUUUGCCACCGCUGCACCGAUCUCCGCCGCGGAGGUCGACCGCUACGUACUCGCAGAGUUUGAUCGAUUGCCGUCGCACCUUUCGGCCGCUGCGGGUCGUGGUGGAAAUCGCAGCACAGAUCCGUUCGACGAACUCAGCCCGGCCGUGACAGCGGUGCUCCGAUCGCUGGCGACGCAGGUGGUGCAGCUCAGGCGAUCCACGGAAAGUGAAGCGUACUACAGCGGGAGAGAAUUAAGCGAUGCCGAAGACCGUGGCGACGGCGGUAGCAGCGUCAGCAGUGAUACACACGUUGCGCCUUCUUCCACGACGCACAGUGUGCCCACAGGCGCAGAGAAGAAAUCAGCGUUAUUGCCGUCUCGCGCGUCUCAUCAUUCCCCAGCCCCCGCUGCAGAGGAAACUUGCGUUCCUGAUGACGCUGCGCGUGCUUCCCAGAUGCCUCCGAAGAGCCGCCUUAGCGUGACGGAAGAGCCGCCUCGUAAUCGCGCGUCCGCCGCCUCAGGCGCUCGUUCCGAGUCGAGCGCAUCAGUGGACAGCGCCGUCUACGAAGACGCAGCCACCAUUCUUUCUGACAUACGCGCGCGCUAUGGACUGUAG